CAAAACCUCCAGUGGAUGCUUGAAACCAGGGACAAUUCUCUCUUUAAUGUUUAGCUUUGAACACCUAUGUUAGCUGGUAGUGUGACUUCUCUCCCUGCUCCUGUCCCUUGGCUUGGCAUUCUUUGGCCUCCCACCUCCCUACAAAAAUAAAACCUUAAAAAAAAGACCCUCCAGGUGAAAGCAGAACUGGUGUGAACAGACCAUUGCCUUGAGGUGGCCCUCCAGCCCAGAGAUGAGCCCCCCCCUUCAUCCUUGGAAUGACCCGGAGUAAAGGAAACCAUGGAAAGUGAAGCCAUGGAUAAGGUGGGACUAGUGCAAAGUUGAAUUCCAGGCUUUCUGACUCCAAGUCCAGCGUUCCAUUCAUUACAUCUUGGUUUACUUUACGCGGCUGUCUGAAUGUUCUUAGAUCUGUUUCCUAUCUGUGUGUCCUGUGUUCCCAUCCAGUUGGCCCUAGAAGGAGCCUGUGGGGCUUUGCCCGACACUGGAGAGAAUGGCUCCCCAAAUGGGGCCGAGUGCCCGGGCGGCUCUGGGUGGGAGGUGCCUCCGUCAUGGUUGGGCUGGGGGACCCGGCGAUGCCUCCUCCCAGGCUGCUGCCAUCAUCACCAGGGCUGUUUUCUUCCCCAGAUCACACCAUCUGCCUGAGCUCAUCCCUGACUUAAUUGAAGGUUGUGAGUUCCAGGAAACUACUUGUCCCCUUUGUUUUCCUGCUGCUCAGGGCUAGGCAGCCAGGAUUAUGACAACCUCCUUUGUUUCUGGAGGAGACAUCAGAAAAAAAAAUCCCCGCUAUGGCCCUGGGGCAGCUGGAGAGGGAGCGAAGACUGCCCUUCCAGGGGGGACAGCAAUUGCCUGUCCUUCUGGGAGGCCUGGGGCUCAUGCAGGAAGGAGUGAGGAGGCAAAUUAUACUGCUGGGAUUUUGGCUCAGACUUCAAGAGUGAGGGAGAGCCUGGGCCCCACCCCUGGCCUGAGUAUAAAGGGGGUUGCCCUGGGGUCCCGCUGCCCAGAGUCAGCCGAGCUGGACCUUGAAUUGUCAAUAUGGCUACCACUACCACAGUCCGGCAGUACUCGACUUCUGGGUCCAUGAAAGGCCUUUGUGGCCUGGGCCCGGCUUCUUCCCGAGUUUCUUCAGUCCGGGUCGGAGGGGCCUGCCUUGCCCCAAGCCUCCUGGGGGCCGGCGGCUGUGGGAAUAUGUCGGUCACCUCAUCCCGCUUCACCUCCAGCUUGGGGGGAGGCUAUGGCGGUGGCUACAGCUGCAGCCUGGGAGGAGGGUUUGGCGCCAGCUACGGUGUAGGGGAUGCCCUGCUGGGAGGGAGUGAGAAGGAGACCAUGCAGAACCUCAAUGACCGUCUGGCCAACUACCUGGACAAGGUGCGUGCCCUGGAGGAGGCCAACACUGACCUGGAGCUGAAGAUCCGAGACUGGUACAAGAAGCAGGGCCCGGGGCCUGCCCGUGACUACAGCGCCUACUUCAAGACCAUUGAGGACCUGAGGAACAAGAUCCUGGCUGCCACCAUUGACAAUGCCAGCUUGGUCCUGCAGAUUGACAAUGCCCGUCUGGCUGCGGAUGACUUCCGUACCAAGUACGAGACUGAACUGAACCUGCGUCUGAGUGUGGAGGCCGACAUCAAUGGCCUUCGUAGAGUGCUGGAUGAGUUGACCCUGGCCAGGGCUGACCUGGAGAUGCAGAUUGAGAACCUGAAGGAAGAGCUGGCCUACCUCAAGAAGAACCAUGAGGAGGAAAUGAAUGCCCUUCGUGGCCAGGUUGGUGGAGAUGUCAGCGUGGAGAUGGAUGCAGCCCCUGGGGUGGACCUGAGCCGUAUCUUAUCUGAGAUGAGAGACCAGUAUGAGAAGAUGGCUGAGAAGAACCGCAAGGAUGCAGAGGACUGGUUUUUCACCAAGACAGAGGAGCUGAACCGAGAAGUGGCCACCAACACGGAAGCCCUGCAGAGCAGCAAGACUGAGAUCACCGAACUGAGACGCACUGUCCAGAACCUGGAGAUUGAGCUGCAGUCCCAGCUCAGCAUGAAAGCUUCCCUGGAGGGCACCCUGGCAGAGACAGAGGCUCGCUAUGGGGCCCAACUGGCCCAGCUCCAAGGCUUGAUAAGCAGCAUUGAACAGCAGCUGUGUGAGCUCCGCUGUGACAUGGAGCGUCAGAACCAGGAGUAUAAGAUCCUGUUGGACGUCAAGACCCGCCUGGAGCAGGAGAUCGCUACCUACCGCCGCCUGCUCGAGGGAGAGGAUGCCCACCUGGCAUCUCAGUAUUCCUCUACUCUGAGCUCUGGGUCCGGCCGAGAGGCCAUGGUGACCAGCCGCCAAGUGCGCACCAUCGUGGAGGAGGUCCAGGAUGGGAAAGUCGUCUCUUCCAGGGAGCAGCUCCACCGCUCCACUCACUAAGCCUGCAGCUUUGAUGGGCACCGUGGAGGGAGGAAGGGGGUAUCCCUCCAUCCCUGCCUGGAUCUUGGUCUCUGAGCUAGCGUUUUCCUAUGUUGGCUUCCCACUGCCCUGUUCCCCUGGCACCCCCCUGGGUUCAUACUCCAUUAAAGCUUUUCUGCAGC